UACUAUCUCGCUCUAGAGAGCGAGAGCGAGAGAGAGAGAGAGAGAGAGAGAUUUUUUAUUUUUUUGAUCCGCAGAGAGAGAGAGGUUGAUUUAAGUUGAAACAGAAUAACGGACGCCCAUUCAACUGGAACCAAAAACUCUCUGAUCCUCUGAAUCUAACACACAGAAAGCAAUCGAUUCAUUAGAUCGCAUUCGUUCGAUCAAAUCACUUGUAGUUGGAGAGCGCUGUGGGUCCGCAAUGAGCGGCAGCGAAGGGAGCUCGGCGCAUUCGGCCAGCUCCGGCGGGGGCGCGGCGGCAGAGGAGAAGAAGAAAGUGAAGGCUAGGGUUAGCAAGACGUCGAUGAUACUGUGGCACGCCCACCAAAACGACGCCGUGGCCGUGCGGAGGUUGUUGGAGGAGGAUGGGUCGCUGGUGCACGCUAGGGAUUACGACAGCCGGACACCGCUCCACGUGGCGGCGCUCCACGGCUGGAUCGAUAUCGCCAAGUGUUUGGUGGAGUUUGGAGCUGAUAUCAACGCCCAAGAUCGUUGGAAGAACACGCCUCUAGCUGAUGCAGAAGGAGCUAAAAAAGAUGCUAUGAUUGAGUUGUUAAAGUCACAUGGUGGUCUGUCCUACGGCCAAAAUGGAAGCCAUUUUGAGCAAAAGCCUGUUCCACCUCCUCUACCAAAUAAAUGUGAUUGGGAGAUUGAGCCUUCUGAGCUCGACUUCUCAACUUCAAAUAUUAUUGGGAAGGGAUCUUUUGGUGAGAUUUUAAAAGCAUAUUGGCGUGGGACACCAGUAGCUGUCAAACGCAUUCUUCCCAGUCUUUCCGAUGAUAGAUUGGUGAUUCAGGACUUUAGGCAUGAAGUGAAUUUGCUGGUGAAGCUUCGCCAUCCUAAUAUAGUGCAAUUCCUUGGAGCUGUAACUGAAAGAAAGCCUCUGAUGUUAAUUACUGAGUACUUACGGGGGGGUGACCUUCAUCAGUAUCUAAAGGAAAAGGGUGCACUUAGUCCAUCAACAGCUAUCAACUUCGCAUUAGACAUUGCCAGAGGCAUGACAUAUCUUCAUAAUGAGCCAAAUGUCAUAAUUCAUAGAGACCUAAAGCCAAGGAAUGUCCUUCUAGUCAACACAAAUGCAGACCAUUUAAAAGUUGGGGACUUUGGACUAAGCAAACUCAUCAGGGUGCAAAAUUCUCAUGACGUGUACAAAAUGACAGGCGAAACUGGAAGUUAUCGGUAUAUGGCUCCUGAGGUUUUCAAGCAUAGGAAGUAUGACAAGAAGGUUGAUGUUUUUUCUUUUGCAAUGAUACUAUAUGAGAUGCUUGAAGGUGACCCACCAUUGUCACACUAUGAACCUUAUGAAGCAGCCAAACUCGUGGCAGAAGGACGCAGGCCUGCAUUCAGGGUCAAGGGUUAUAUUUCUGAGUUGAGGGAGUUAACAGAGCAAUGCUGGGCUGCAGACAUGAACCAAAGACCUUCUUUCUUGGAAAUUCUCAAGAGGCUUGAAAAGAUAAAAGAUGCAAUAUCGUCGGAUCAUCCCUGGCAUAUCUUUACAUCAUGACACGAUAGAGCCAAUGCAUACUUUCAGAGGUUGAGAUGAUCCCUAUACCCUUACAUCUUAUUACACAGAUUAGGCCAUGAGUGUGCUCAGCUCAUACCGACUAUUACUAGGGAUCUCUUUUCCAAAGCGUUUUGAGACUAUUUUUCAAAAAUUGUUCAUUCUCUAACCUGAAUUCCCGCUUUCCUUUUAACUGUCAAAGAGUUUUAAACAAAUGCUGACAAACGUGGCCAAGCGAUUCUGUACUACCACUUAUUAACUUGGCCAAGCGAAAUCUGUACUACCACCAUGGUUUCUCCUUCCACACUAGAAUGUUCCCUAGUCUUGUUCUUCCUCUCGUAAACACCAAAUCUGUUUGUUUCACAAAACAAACUUGGCAGAAUUGAGUUUGUUGAGGAAAUUUAAUUCAUGUGGUUGCUGUAAGUUGAUAUCUAUGAGUUAUACUGUAUUGAUUGUGAAAUUCCAAUCAAGAUAUUUACACUAAA